AUGAAGAUCAGUCAGCUCUAUCUUUAUCCGAUUAAAUCCCUCCGACCAGCCUCUCUCGAUGCGGCCGUCCUUACUUCCGUAGGUCUACAAUUCGAUCGUCGAUUUAUGCUUCUGAAGGUUGAAGCAGGCAAAGAUGGCCCUGAAGCGACACUGAAGAACAUGCACAUUCCACAUUUCCCGGAAAUGGGACUUUUCCAGACUGCGGUAGAAUUCCCCACUACCAAACAUGACACCGGGAAAGUCAUUGUGACAUACAAUCCUCCAACGCCUCAAGAAGUCUCAGAUCCAAAGCCACGCGAGCCCAAGUACCUAGAGAUUCCACUGCGCCCGAUGUCGGUUAAGGGUAAAAAGAAACUCCAGGUCAUGAUGCACAAGAGCCCAACGACUGGAUAUGAUAUGGGUGCCGAAUAUAACGAUUGGUUCAGCGAAUGCUUCGGAUUUCCAGUCAUCCUAGCGUACCUGGGAAGUAACUCGAGAAAAGUCCUGGGUACAAUGGCGCCGGAAAAACGAAAUAAAACGCCCUGGCGGACGAUCUGGUACGAAGCCGUGGCGCACAUUUGGCGCAAAAUUGUCCCAUUGCUCCUUAUCUGGCUCUUCAUCCUCAUCUGGGCGAUCAAUAUUCCCAUCGGCAUGAUGGCGAAUGAUGAUUUGACUCCUCAAGUGGCUUUACCGGCUGCCGCCCUCAUUAUCACCAGCUGGGUAUGGGGCACACAUUGCCUGCUCGUUAGAAUCCGCCAAACACGUAUCAGCUUUGCCGACUGCGCCCCGUUUCUAGUUAUCUCCCAGGCUUCGAUCGAUGAUGUCUCUGCCCGACUCCCGGAGGGAGAGGAAAUGGAUCAUACUAAGUUCCGGCCCAACAUUGUUGUGUCAGGUGCUGAUUCAGCUUUUGAAGAAGACUUUUGGACUGAGCUUGUCGUAGGGCCUACAAAGGCUCGUCUAUUGCUGACGGGGAACUGUGUAAGAUGUCAGAGUCUGAAUGUCGAUUAUGAGACCGGAAGCAUGGCUGAGGGUGAAACCGGCAUGGUGCUGAAGAAGUUGAUGAAAGAUCGGCGGGUGGAUCGAGGGGCUAAGUUCAGCCCUGUUUUUGGCCGGUAUUCGUUCCUGCAUUGGACGGGUCACGGGGAUAUAAUUCGGGUAGGCGAUGAGGUUGGGGUGGUGGCGCGUAGUAAUGAGCGGACUGUUACCGGUAUGGAGUCUGACUUCUUUGCUGUUUGGGUUUAG